GGCAGCUUGGAACCAAUCGCGGCGUGGGCUGACGUCACAGGCGGCGAACAGCUGAUGGCGGCGGCGGCAGCCCCAGAAGGAAGGAGAAGUUGUGUGUCGUGAAAGCGACUCCCGCCUGGGUCAGAGGAAGAGAGGAGGAAUGUGGCUGGUGUGGAGUAAGCAGCUGGAUCAGGCGCCCUGUGAUGUGGGCUUCACCGAAGCCACCCAUGGAAGCAUACAGGUCCCCAGCCGGCUGAAGGUGGCCGACGGCCCCAGCGCAGGAGACCCGCCAUGGGGGCUGCCUGAGGCCUGCCCUCCGUCCUUCCGGAUGCACGUUCCUCAGAGGCUGCUGCUCGCAGAAAUGAUGACGGAAGCUGCUUUCAGCCCCCCUUUUGGUAACCAGCCCCAGCAGCAGCGGCCCCUCCCUAUCAAUGAGCCUCUUCUGGGGCCAUCUAUCCAGCCCACACAUUAUGGGGAGCACCCCUUCCUCAGUUUCGCCUCUCAACCUGGAUCCCAGAAGCGCAAGUGGCUGAUGCAUCAAAGCAGCGCCCGAAAGGAGAGAGCGCUGGUGGAGCCUCCUCCGGUGGCCCUGGGGGCUGCCAGUCAGAGACAUGACUGGCUGGAGCCAAGCAUGCCCCCUCCCUUCUCCACCUCCCAGUUUCCUCCGUUCCCUUUGGAGGGCAGGAUCUACUCCUUGCAGAAUGUCCUUCGGGCGCUACGUUUCCUGGGGCACCAGCUGUUCCAGUUGUUUUGGAAGCCUGGCCGAGCCGAACGCAGUUCCCAGGAGGUGAGUUUGGUCUUGGAGAGCUCCCUGGAGGACUUUGGCACCACUGAGAUUCUGACACUGAGAAAGCAGCUGAUGAAGAUCUCAGGCCGGCUCCUGCACCUGGAGCGGCAGUGCGUGGGCUGGCGCCAGAAGGAGUGGCUGGUCUAUUCCGCGUUGGUCUCUGCCGGUCUCCUCAACGUCUGGCUUUGGCUAAGGAGAUGAGGGAGCCAGACUGCUCCAAGCCGUGAGGCCAAGAAGGGGAGGAGGCCCACAGCAGCUGCUCCCUCCAGUUUGCACUUCUUACCUUUCCCUGAGCCAUUGCCUAGGAGCCCUGGGACUCCACCGCUUCUGUUUACAAGAGCAAGGGAGAUGGGCUGGAUGGGGUGCUCCUGCCAUGUGAAGAGGAAGUGGGGACGGUCGUUACCUGGAGUGGAAGGAGGCAGGCUUGGGUUGUGGCUGAAGUCUGGCUGAAGUUGGGCAGAGCCAGGGGGUGGAGUGGGGUGGCCCUCCAGAGAUGUUAGCCCAGGGGGGAUUGGGGCUGCUGCUUCGUAGAUAGGGCUCACCUUUGCCUUGAGUCAGUUGCCAGAAGCCAACUCCAUAUGUGUCGCCCAUCUGGGGUGCAGUCUGGCUUAAUGUGACCCGCUUGCUUUUGGAAAGAUCCUAAGACACUUUGGGCUCAGUCAGCUCUUGCUGGGAUGAUGGGCACGGACACUGAGCUGCCCUGAGAUGAUGGCUUGUUAAGAUGAGCAUUUGAGUGUCCUGAAAUCCUAAUAAAAGGUCUGGUAAACUGAA